AUGACCGAAACGGUGUCCGGCGGACAGAUGGACGUAAAGCCAGAGGUUCUGGACAAGCACUCAGUGUCGGACACACAGGUGGUGUCCGAAGCUCAGAAAGCGGCUCCGGAAUCCGGGAAAACAGUAGCGAAGGAAGAGGGGUUCUCACCAGAGAGUGGGGACACCAAGGUGGAGGAAGGUGCAGCAGAGGCUGCCCCGUCGGCGGCUAACGGCGUUGACGAGAAGAACGAUGAGAACAAGAACGCCGACGGUAAUGGCAACAGCGCGGGAAACGAUACGAACGGAGCUAAUGGCAGUGUCGGAUAUAACGGUACCGCUGAUGCUACCGCUGAUGCCAACGCUAAUACCAGUGGAAUGGUGCCAGCCCCUCCGCCGCCUCCAGAACCAGAUAUGAAUAAUUUACCGGAAAAUCCACUGCCUAAGCAUCAACAAAGACAUGCUAUAAUGACAAUUAAAGCUGUUAAAAGGCUGAAGGAUGCUAGGCCUUUUCUCAAACCUGUAAAUCCAGUGGCACUUAAUGUUCCAUUUUAUUUCAACUAUAUCAAAAGACCUAUGGAUCUUUCUACAAUUGAACGCAAGUUGAACGUAAAUGCCUUUGAAACUCCGGAACAAGUGCAGGAUGACUUCAAUCUCAUGGUGAAUAAUUGUGUCAAAUUUAAUGGACCUCAAGCUGUAAUCUCGCAAAUGGCUCGUAAUAUCCAAGCUUCUUUUGAAAAACAUAUGUUAAACAUGCCCGCAAAGGAUGCACCUCCCGUUAAGCAACCACGUAAAAGAAGAUCGAGUGUAUCCGGAUUAGAUGAAGACGUGCCAGUAAUUAGAAGAGCUCAAACUCAUAAUGGUAGACCUAAACGUGAGAUUCAUCCGCCAAAGAGUAAGGACAUAUAUCCAUAUGAAACGCGGAAGCCAAAAUCGAAAAAGUUACAACAGGCCAUGAAAUUCUGUCAACAAGUAGUUAGGGAGUUGAUAUCAAAGAAGUACGCUUCGUUUAAUUACCCGUUCUUAGAGCCGGUUGAUCCAGUUGCACUGAAUUGCCCUACUUAUUUCGAUUAUGUUAAGGAGCCUAUGGAUCUAGGUACUGUCAGUUCUAAGCUGAACAAUUGGAAGUAUCAAUCGAUGGAAGAAUUUGAAAAUGAUGUCAGGUUGGUUUUCCGCAAUUGUUAUACCUUUAAUCCAGAGGGAACCAUAGUCAAUAUGAUGGGACAUCGUUUGGAAGAUGUCUUUAACAGUAAAUGGGCAGACAGGCCUAUCAUUGAAUCGGAUUCUGAAAGCGAAGGAGAAAAUGGGUACUUUUCAGGGAAUGGUGCAAUGGAAUCCGAUUUUUCAGAAUCUGAAAGUGAAAUUGAUGAGACUUCAAUUACAAAUCCUGCAAUUCAAUAUUUGGAAGAGCAAUUGACCAGGAUGAAAGUGGAAUUACAGCAGUUAAAGCGCCAGGAACUCGAUAGAAUAAGGAAGGAAAGAAGAUUGGCUAGAGGUGCCCGUAAACACAGAGGUAGAAGAUCUAGCAAGAGAAGAGGUGCUGACAUUAACGGCGUAAUGGGCGGUGCAAGUGGUUCGGGUAGCGGUCUUGGUUCAGGUAGUGGUAAACGUCGUAAGAAGCUGAAGACGGUGGUUACUUACGACAUGAAACGAAUCAUUACAGAGCAUAUUAACGAUCUACCAGCUAAUAAACUAGAAAAAGUAAUUGGAAUUAUAAAGAGAUCAAUGCCACAACUGAGGGAAGAUGAGGAAGUGGAAUUGGAUCUCGAUACCCUGGAUAAUAAUACGAUUUUAACGCUAUACAACACUUUCUUCAGAGAGUUCGAUAAUGGUCAAGCCGCCCAAUCCGGUUAUGAUGGUAUCACAAAUGGUGUUGAUGUCCCAGCUCUAUCUCCAACGGGAGCAAGUGCUACUUCAAGUAGUAUUUCAAAGAAGAGGCGGUCAAAGGCACUAAGUCAAGAGGAACAAAAUAGACAGAUUGAAAAGAUAAAGAGUAAGUUAGCGCUCUUGGAUGGUGCAUCGCCAUUGAGUUCCAACGGAUCUCCAAUAGGUGCGCAAGCACAUCACAAUUUCUCAUCUUCAUCGGAGGAUGAUGAUGAUGAUGCAAGUAGUGAGAGUGAGGAGGAGUGA